CCAGUUUCAGUACUUCUCAGUUUAUUAAGUGUGAGCAGUUUUAAAAUAAAAAUGCUUUUGGUAGCAACCGCUUUUGGGUGAAUUCUUAAUUAUUUUCAAGCGUAAUAAUAAUGCACUGGUUAGUGUCCCAGUGGGAAUCCACUGUUGCAGAUAUAGUCACCUCAAUGAUGUCCUCCAUUUAUUGUCCUGAAUUAUCUUUCUUGAAGGUAGAUUGACCCUUAACCUUUUCAUCAGUCUUCCAGCCAUCAGUAACUACCAAUACUUGUAAGAUUUGCUGUUUAAUAUUGAUAUAAUACUAGUUUUAAUAUGUUGCUUCUCUACACAGUCAUGAAGUGAAGGAAACGGUUCAAAUACAUUUUUCAUUUUUAAUAACAUUAACCCCCGGAUCGGAUCGAAAUCGGAUCGAAUCGGAAAUCAGAUCAGAAUCGGAUGGAAUCGGAGAAAAUCGGAAAAAAAUCGAUUCUGAAACUUAAAAAUCGGAAUCGAAUCGAUUCUUGAAAUGUGAAUCGAAACCCAGCUCUAGUCUACAGCAUAGCUGUGAGACUCAGUAUGUUUGUGUAGGUGCUGACAGUCUUGCUGACUAUUACCCGGUGCCUGUAUAUAGGAGGUUUGAUCUCGAUCUUGCUGUUCUCCACCAGUCUGUUUAGGUCACGAGUGAUGGAGGACAUCAUACGUGGCACCCUCCCCCAUAUUGAUGACGAGACUCACGGGAGACUUGUAGAAAGUCUCUCUGCAAUGGGUCUGAGGGAGGCAGACGACAUGAUGUAUAUCAGAUAAGAUGACAUAAAAGACCUGCUGUCAAUUGUUGAUUGCAGGAAACUUCUUCACAAAUUCAGCAACAGAGGUAAGGCAUCAUUUAUAGCAAAAGGGUCACUCUUGAGAAAUCCAGUGGGUCUGCUGUCUGGCCACGUCGCUGGCAGACCCCUUGUCCCCACUAAGGAGGAAAAGGGAAUGAAUCAAAUGUAUUCAUUAUUAAAAAAAUAAAUAUGAGAAAAACAACACAAUAAUACUGACAGGAUCUGUAUGCAGAGAUAUCUUGUUCGCCUCGAAUUGUGACCCGUUUGCUAUACAUUAUUCCACUUACUAGAUGGCUACCAACUAAAUUAAUAAAUUAAUUGAAACAAAAUUAGAUUUUAAAUGUAAAUAUUUUAUAUAGAAAUUGUAUAUCUUAAAUGUUGGUAUGCAGAGAAACAUUAAACUAUAUCUGUACAUAAAGGCAGCCAACAAAUGACGACUAUGAGCCAUCAAGACCUCUCACAAAUACUGACCCUGACACCAGUCUCAGAACUGGAAACAACAGUGCAGUCCCCCAUGAUUCCAGCUGGAAACAGCAACUGGACCACAUCAUUUAGAGUACCCCUAGAGAAGUGUAGAGCCAGCCUCCGGAGAAUGCUGAAUGAGAAGGAGAAGCCCGAUAUCUCGGACAGGAGACAUAUGGUUAGAAUGAUGGUGGAUGAAAUGAGACAGCAUUGCCUAAACCCCACCCUCAGCCAGUGUGCAUUUAUUGCAAAAGGCAUCAUAGAAAAAUAUCCUAAUAGCCUUCAAGACAGGACAGAAGAGGGAGAAAAGAUGGGGAGUGGCCACUACACGCUCUGUCAGCAGCUGAAGUCCAGAGUCGACAAUCUCAACAGAAACAACACUCUAGCUCGAUUGAGAAAAGAGAGAAGGCCUGCUGUGACUCCUGCUGCCACUGCUGGCAACAGUCAGCCAGCCAGAAAAUGUGCCAAAACAGACUCAUAUGGCUGCAUUAACUGGCAGCCAAUCGUUCUCCCAGAGGGAGAAACGAAGGAGUCUCUUCUUCAUAAAAAAGAGGAGCUCAAGCUCAUUUUCAGCCACGAGGGCCAAAGAGGAGCGGACAGGGCAAGAGUAGCAGAACUGAUGGAGACUACUUUCGAGACCCAAAGGCGCAAUAUAAACAUGCUGCCAGCUAUGCAGGAACUGAUUAAAGAAUGGCCAUUCCUCUUCCAGAAGAGAUUCCUCCUUGAUCACUUCAACCAGCUGACAGGGAUCGAGCUGGAUGCAAGACUCAGGGAGUCCAUGGAAAGCAAGGGGAAGAGGGUAAUGACAUUUUUCCAGUCACAGCUGCUUCGUUGGGGAAAAGAAGUAAGGACAGUCCUCGCCAACUUGGCAAAAGAGCCAGAAGUUGACCCCUGCCUUGCUGUCGUAUUGACCAUGAUGGCCUUCUUUCAUGAAAAAGAGGACGCCCUGUUCAUUCUAGCUGAUCUCACCACCACUCAGGCAGACGCAGAGACCCAGCUUUCCCUUCCCAGGACGCCAAGAAUAAUCCUGCUGGGAGAUUCCAUUCUCUCAGCGAAGCAAUGGAUGCUGGCCUUGGAGGGCAAGGUGUUUAUAACACCAACCAACCUCCAGAUGGACUUCACCUCUGCCCUGGCGGUCCUCUUUGGGUCUCAUUAUGCCUUCAAUAUUGAGUACCAGCCCGAGGCAGCUUCUACCCUGGAUUUCAUUCAGAGGUUUCUCGUCAGGAUCAAUCCUGAAUUUUCCAAGUGCACGGCGAAGAUCCAGACGAGCAAGAAGACAAAUAAGAUGGUGCAGAGGAAGCAGGUGUCCCUCAAUCCCCACGUGGCUGCAUUCAUAAGGGACUUCACCGAAUUUGAUUGGCAGAAUUUCUAAGACCACUUUCAGAACUUGACAGGGUUUCAGCCUGCGUUGCUGUACCAGGAGCUGCUGCUUCGAUUGAUAAAUAAUAAUAAUAAUAAUAAAUAAUGUUGAUAGAUAAUAUAAUAUAUAAUAUUGUGUUUUAUUUAUAUGCAUGGACAAUGAGAGAGUGGGUCCAGGUUUGGUAUGUUGGCAUUUUCCACCCUGCAGUCAUUUGUAUACUCCAAAACUACUUUUGCCCAAGAGUUUUUCGUCUAAAAAAGGCCCUGUGUGUUAUCCCUGUUGGCUUUCCGCUCCCUGUCUUCUGUUCUUCAAUAUCUCCCCAUUUAUUGAGUAUUUAGUUCCUGAACCACUCACAUUCAGAACACUUCAUUAAAAAAGAGAUAACACACUGAUGUUGUACACUGUAAAAAAAAAAAAAGUUGUUACAACUAACAAAAGUUAGUGUCCGGGCUGCCUUAAAAUGUUAAGUUAGCUGAACUUGUGAAGAUUAGUUGAGACAAUUGUGUAAUGGUUCAAAACAAAUAAACUUUUCUAGUCAAAUAAAAUGAACCUUUAGUUUACAUAACUUAAUCAAAAUUCAGUUCCCAUAGAAUUAUUUAGUUGAGUCAACACAAUCUUAAUUUAUUUCAACUGGAAUUCCAAAGCUGAAAAGAAUUAAUCUACAUUUCAGUCUACCUACAAUAUCUAG